CGCUAAAGUUUGCGGGUGCGUUUUCGGUUCCACAGCAACUUUCGCUCUCUUGGACAGGCGUGAAAGAUGCGCAUUUAGCACCCCGGAUCUGUUUGAUUUCCACGCUCGAUGUGCAGCAGACCAUCACGUCUGUGUAAAAUCAGUCACAGCGUUAUUACAGCCUGAAGCGGAACCUCACAGUCACUUUCUGAGUCAGCAAACAGCAGGCGACACAAUGAGAGAACUGCAUUUCAAGGAUAAUUUUUGGAACACUGAAAUCAUCAGCACAGUUGGAUAUGACAGCAUCAUCCAGCACUUGAAUGACGGCAAGAGGACGUGCAAAGAAAUCGAGGAUUUCAUGAAGGCCAGCAGAAAGAAACUCAUACAGGAAUGAAACAACUUCAGAAGCCGCAAUAGAAGAAAAAUAUGCCAAGGAGCUGCUGGGUUUGUCCAAGAAAGUGUGUGGACACAGCGAAAUGAACACCUUGAAACGAUCGCUUGACGUUUUCAAAUUACAAACAGAAAAUGUGAGUUUGUCCCAUCUGCAUUUGGCCCAAACCAUGAGGGAGGAAGCAAAGAAAUUAGAAGACUUCAGAGAGAAACAGAAAGAGACCCGGAAGAAGGUAGAACAGCAUAUGGAUGCUCUUCAUAAGCAGAAGGCCGCUCAAUAUAAGAAAACGGCUGAUGCAAAGAAGACUUAUGAGCAAAAGUGUCGAGAUAAAGAGGAAGCAGAACAGAACAUGAACAGAAAUGCCACCACUAGCAGUUCCAAGCAGCAAGAAAAGCUGUAUGCCAAAACACAGCAAGCCAAGCAGACGGCAGAGGAAGCCGACAGGAUAUAUAGUCACAAUGUGUCCUUGCUGGGGAAGUUAAGAGAGGAGUGGCUGAACGAGCAUGUCAAAGCUUGUGAGUUUUUUGAGAAACAGGAAGUGGAGAGGAUCAGCACCCUGAGAAAUGUGGUGUGGACCCAUCUCAACCAUCUCUCCCAGCAGUGUGUCACCAGCGAUGAGCUCUACGAGGAAGUGAGGAAGUCACUGGAGCAAUGUAACAUUCAAGAAGACAUCGAGCAUUUUAUCAACCUCAGAAGAACUGGAGACAAACCACCAGCAUCUGUUCCAUAUGAGAACUUCUACAAUUAUCAGAGAUCAGCUCCCACUCGUUCACUUCCCACAGCUGGCAGGAGAGCAGCAGCACCUCCGCCACCAACUGCAGAAAAUGAUCCUUUAUACUCAACCGUAGCAGAACCAGGAUACAGCCUAAUACGAUACUAAUAAGAUUGUGACUCGGUAAGAAUGGAAUGUAACCUUGACAUACAAUUUACAAACAGUAUAAUAUUAAUGCUGGACUAAGUAAUAUACAGUUAAUAAUGUUGUUUAUGAAUCCCUGGAAUGCUCCCUUGAGGAAAUGGUGUUUAAGUUAUUCUGUUUUUUUUUUUCUUUUCUUUUUCAGUCUUUGCAAGCCCUUUAGCUGCUCAGUAGGAAUAUUGUGAAGGCAUUUGUUACAUUUUUCCUCAAGAGUUGAAAAGCACAUUGGUUACCUUCUAAAGCUGUUGCCAGCUUCCUCAUACCAUGUGCUGAGAAUAUAUUGUAGCCUGGCAUGAAGUGUCUCUGUAUAAAAAAAAAACAGUUAACUUGCUAACCGAAAAUCCACCCAUGCAGACACAGUGAGCUUUGACACUAUUACAUAGUCAUAAAAAGUCAAAUUCUGAAGUUCUCACUACACUGAUAACAUCAACAAACAACGUUGCAUAAAUAUUUGUAUUUUAUUUACUGUAAAAAAGAUGUACAAUUUUGCACCACUAGUGGCAUCAAAUGGAAUUGCAGUGUGUUUGAACAGCUUUAUUGGGCUCAACCAAUGGGGUGAGUUUGGAGGUGGAGCUAUCCGUUUGGUCAUCCAAUGGAAAACAGGAAAGGACCAGUUCUUUUGUCAUUAUUUUUUAAAAUUCGGUUUAGUGUAGCUAGUGGUCCAGAAAUUACACGCUUCACUUUUAAAGGCCACAAAAACAUAAUUUAUUUCUAGUGUAAAAUUCUACACACUGUCAAUACAGAGUCCUGCAUCACUGGAUAUAUUGCUUCAAUAAAUGUACUGUAUAUACGA